GAAUCGCCGUUAUAGCUGAAUCAAGAUGGUUUACAUCGCUUCAUGGGACGAAUUCGUUGAUCGAUCUGUUCAGCUUUUUCGAGCUGAUCCCGAAUCUACUCGGUAUGUGAUGAAGUAUAGACACUGUGACGGCAAGUUGGUUCUCAAGGUUACUGAUAACAAAGAGUGUCUCAAGUUCAAGACAGACCAAGCACAAGAAGCGAAGAAGAUGGAGAAACUGAAUAACAUAUUUUUCACCCUCAUGGCCAGAGGACCUGAUGUCGAUCUCUCUGAAGUCACCGGGAAAGAACAGAUGGAGACACAGCCUGCCAAGAAAGGAAGAGGAAGGAAGCAAUAAGUCUCAUGAAUAUGUUUUUGGUUUUUCUUUGUAUCAAGAUUUUGAUCCAUUUUUGUUUGAUAUUUUGAGAUGGUAGGGUUGUCAAGUUUUGUUC